CUCGAUAACGUAGUGCAAUCCCGUCGAUUUGGGGACGCCGCAUAUCACGAAGCCUUGGUGCAUCCGAGCUUGUUCUUGCAUCCCAAUCCGAAGCGAGUUGCGAUUCUAGGUGGCGGCGAAGGCGCAACACUUCGCGAGAUUUUGAAGCACGAUACGAUAGAGGAGGUUGUCAUGGUGGAGAUUGAUUCCGGUAUAGUUGCUGUUUGCAAG